CCAUAAUUAUUGCUUGGACAUAGAACUGCGCAUGCGCAAGAUGUAGGUCGGAAGUGGACGUCAAAUGUUUAUGUUUGCUUUCGGCUGAAAUGCGUCUAAACAGCUAAGACGCGGGAUUCUAUCAUUACUAAACAUACACAGCGUCAGUGACCUUGAAGCAAUCAGCACAGAGGUGACGGCAUGGGCAACACAAGCAGCGAGAGGGCCGCGAUGGGCCACGGGGAGAAGGCCCUGCGACGGGACAGCAGGGGCACAAAGGAUGGCGAGAGGCCCAAAAUCCUGAUGGACAGCCCAGAGGAUGCGGAUAUUUUCCAUGGGGAGGACAUAAAAGCUCCCUUAGAGAAAGAAGAGUUCCUUGCAUGGCAAGACUUAGAAGCGGAAGACAAAGGGCCAACUUUAAACCGUCCAACUGUUUUUCGCUGGACUGGUGAUGGCAAGGAGGUCUACCUGUCUGGAUCCUUCAACAACUGGGCUAAUAAGAUUCCUCUGAUUAGAAGUCAGAACACCUUUGUGACCAUUGUGGGACUACCUGAAGGGGAACACCAGUACAAGUUUUACGUGGACGGCCAGUGGACUCACGACCCAGCAGAGCCAGUUAUCACCAGUCAGCUGGGCACAGUCAAUAAUAUCAUCCAGGUGAAGAAAACUGACUUUGAGGUAUUUGAUGCUCUUAUGGUGGACUCGCAGAAGUGCUCCGACAUGUCAGACCUGUCCAGCUCUCCUCCCGGGCCGUAUCACCAGGACGCUUAUGUUCCAAAACAAGAGGAAAAGUUUAAGUCUCCACCGAUACUUCCACCACACCUGCUCCAGGUCAUCCUCAAUAAAGACACUGGAAUAUCAUGUGAUCCUGCACUCCUGCCAGAACCAAACCAUGUCAUGCUCAACCAUCUCUACGCACUUUCCAUUAAGGAUGGCGUAAUGGUACUCAGCGCCACACAUCGCUACAAGAAGAAGUAUGUCACCACCUUGCUAUAUAAACCCAUCUGACCGCAGACCAUGCCGCUGUAUUGACAAAUUAGCUGAAGCAAUACCAGUCUACCUAAAGACAGAUUCACCUCACCACCUUUAAUUGACUGUCAACUCAUUUGAAUGGCCUUCCUCAGGAGAGAGAGUUGGACAUCAGCUCACAAAAAGUAUUUACAACUCGGCAAGUGCUAUAGUAAAAUGUUGGGAAUGGGACGUGUAGGAUCACUUGUUAAAACAUGAUUCAGAAAAGAUCUCCAUGGGAUAAAAAUGGCAAAGUCACUAAUCGUAUUUAUAUUAUACUUUUUCAAAAAUGAUUAUUGUUGAAGGCACUUAUGAAAUUCUUCUCUUUGUUUAGGCUGAUCACUCAUCGGCUUAUCUCAUACAGAGAUCCCACUAAAUAGCCCAUCAGAGCCUUAACAUCGGUACUUUAACACGUUACAAUUAACUCAGUAAUUUGAUGUAUGCACAUGAGAUGUGUAAAGUACAGAUAUGUAUUUUUCCUGACUAUAAGGAAAAUGACACUUUUUUCAUAGUGUGGCUGGUUCUGGUACAUAAAGUCAGGUGCGACUUGUAUAUAUAGAAAUAUAUACAGUAUGUAUAUUGAAUGAUAUGGCGCACAUCGGAUGCUUUUUGUUAUGAAUGUUGAAUUAUAUUUAUAGGAUAGCUGUGUGGAUUGACAAAUGUGGUAUUUUUAGACAGCAGUGUUGUCUAAUUCAUUGGAACACUAAUUGCAGUAUGUCCCGCUUGGAAAUUGUAGCUACUAGGUCAGCCACUGACUAACUAAAUACACACAUAUAAAGUUGUAUAUUGUAUUUUAAUUCAAAAAUUGAGUUUUGCUGUUAAAAUUCAGCUGUUCAAUAUGUGUCUACACACAUAUUGAUCUAGAUACAGCUCACGCGAUCACAACAGCAUGUGAUCAACUGUGAACAACUGCUAACUCUGUUUAACAUGUGGAGUAACUAUUUUUUGUUAAUGCCCAAAAAAGAUGUUGCAGUUGAGUGCAAAUCUUGUCAUGCAUGGGUUUUCUUGCGUUGGGGAACCGGGGAAGUUUAAUACAACCAAACUCAUCACACAUUUGAAGCAGGAAAUUCCUACGGGAUCAUUCGCUGAAAGAGAAAAUAUGAGCAGCACCUAAAAAAAUCAUCAUAGAUGAUCAUAGAUACUUGUAAAUGUGACUUACGGUCCAGUUUCUUUCUUUUUUUUUUUUUACUUAUGCGACUUAUAGUCUGGAAAAUGCGGUAGUUGGUGUGGAGUAUGAAACUUCACACCCCUGCAUUCCCAUUUACACAUAGUAAUACCUGAAAAGGAAGUGUAAAGGGUCUAGUAACUCCAUAAUUUACCUUUCUUUGCAACCUUAUCUGCUCUGUAACCAUAUGAGGCAUUCAAAACUCAAGGCACCUCAGAGAUGUAACCUCUUUCGUCUCCAUUAGCAUGAUAAUGUCAGACAAAGAAAGUGAUGUUAAACAAGGGAAAUGUUGCACUGCAGUAGCUCGACACUGUUAUUAUUCCAUUGCCUUUUUCACAUAUUGUUAGUAAGAAUGGCACAACACUCAUUGUGAAGCAUAUUUAAGCAUAUAUAUUUUAUUUACUUAGGUUGGUGAUGUGAUAAGCUGCACAUUCUUAUUUUUAGAGCCACAUUUUAGGACUUGUAUUUUGCACGACAAUCAUCAUUAAUGUAGAGUGUCACUGGAACUCGUUAGGAUUUUGGACAAAAUGUAGAGUAGAAACAUAGAUAUUUUUGGAGGUUGUAUGCUGCAGCAGAAAUCUCCAAAAUCUUUAUAGUCUUGCAAAAACAUUUUACCUUGCGGCACAUGGAGAGACAAAGCUUCAUGGGAUUCAUCGUCAUGACACUGAAAAAUCAUUGCAUCAUAAAAGUAAUAAUGAUAUACAGGUACAAAUACCUGUGAUUGGCUGGUGGCCAGUCUAGGAUGUACAGCUGGGAUAGGCUCCAGUACCCCCGCGACCCUCAUGAGGAUAAGCGGUAGAAAAUGAAUGAAUGAAUGAAGGUACAAAUACAUUCCAGGAUUUUGAAAGGAACGCCAUGAAGUAAUAAAUAAGCUGCUAUACUAUAUCCAGUAUGCUUGAUGAAUGUUUCUGGAGAAAUAAAUAAAAAUGACCUUUCUUGGUCAAUUCAUUAUUCAUGAAUACACGCACCAAUAUUUCCAUGUAUGAAGGAGCACCCGAUACCCGGUCAGUAUGAUCAAUUCCUUAUUUCGUGAGUUUUAAUCAAUGUUAGUCAGGGUUAUAUGCUACUGUUAGAUACUAAUAUUGCUGUUAUUUAUUAGUAACCUGUUAUAUUGUAACCUGUUGUACUCCAC